CGGGGCACCCCGCCUCCGGGGGGCAAGCGCCCGGGAGGCUGAGGAGCGCAGGCAGCAGGGGCGGGGAGGAGGAGGAGGGCAGCGCCAUGACUCAUUUGCAGGCAGGUCUCUCCCCGGAGACUCUGGAGAAAGCCCGGCUGGAGCUGAACGAGAACCCCGACACCUUGCACCAGGACAUCCAGGAGGUGCGGGACAUGGUCAUCACCCGGCCGGACAUCGGCUUCCUCCGCACCGACGAUGCCUUCAUCCUGCGGUUCCUGCGGGCCAGGAAGUUUCAGCAUUUCGAGGCGUUUCGCCUCCUGGCCCAGUACUUUGAAUAUCGCCAGCAGAACCUGGACAUGUUCAAGAGCUUCAAGGCCACAGACCCGGGCAUCAAGCAGGCGCUGAAGGAUGGCUUCCCCGGCGGGCUCGCCAACCUGGACCACUACGGCAGGAAGAUCCUCGUCCUUUUUGCUGCCAACUGGGACCAGAGCAGGUACACACUGGUGGAUAUUUUGCGCGCCAUACUUCUUUCUUUAGAAGCCAUGAUAGAAGACCCUGAGCUUCAAGUGAAUGGAUUUGUUUUGAUUAUAGACUGGAGCAACUUCACCUUCAAGCAGGCCUCCAAGCUCACACCAAGCAUGCUUAGAUUAGCCAUAGAGGGCCUUCAGGACAGUUUUCCAGCUCGGUUUGGAGGAAUACAUUUCGUCAAUCAGCCGUGGUAUAUCCAUGCCCUCUACACAGUUAUACGGCCCUUUCUAAAGGAGAAGACACGGAAAAGGAUAUUCCUGCACGGUAAUAACCUCAACAGCCUGCAUCAGCUAAUACACCCUGAGAUCCUGCCUUCAGAGUUUGGAGGAAUGUUGCCCCCCUAUGACAUGGGGACGUGGGCAAGAACACUGCUUGACCAUGAAUACGAUGACGACAGUGAAUGCAAUGCGGACUCCUACAACGCUCCUGCAAAGGAUAUAGAAAAGGACCUCUCUCCCAAAUCCAUGAAAAGGUCUCAGUCGGUUGUGGAUCCUGGGGUGCUGAAACGCAUGGAUAAGAAUGAGGAAGAAAACAUGCAGCCUUUGCUUUCACUUGACUAACAGUUCCUGAGCACUGGACAUGAACUGAGGUGGAAGGCACUGCCUCUCAGCAACAAGCAAACCUUGGGAAAGAGUGUACCAGCUGGAAUCUUAUUUACUCAUGUUAAUGUAGCAUAAUGGCAGCAGGCAGCAGGUUUUACUAUUCUGCCUGAAUUCUAGAUGCUCUUGGGUGAAAAAGAAGAGGAGAAAAAAGGAAAAUAAAAUGAAAUAAAAAAUAAAGAGGAAUCAAUAAUUUAUUCUGUAAGUGCCAACUUGUUUGUAAAUACAAUAUAACCCUCCAAUUUGACUUUGUAAGUUAUGGUAAACAAAUGCUAUGGCAAUGAGUGACUAUUAAAUAUGUCAGUGAAGUGCACCAUAAAAAAGAGAAGAAAAAGUGUGUGAGCUCACACAUGCUCACACAUACAGAGAAAUACAUACCGGACAAAGAAAAAUAUCAAAGCCAAUUAAAUGUCGUCCUUCUCAUAGGAAGCCAUAUUGCAGCUAGCAUAUUGACUGCCGUUUUGUUUUCUCUCUGCAAUGCUCAUGUAGUGUGCAAAGAUAAAGAGGGAAUAUGGGAACUUGGAGACGCUGUAAUCAGUUGAAUAUUUCCUAACUGUAGGAAUUGAUUUCCCAAAUAAAGUUGUGGCUUAGGAUUGUGGUUUAACAUAAACCAUGUAGCAUUGUGAAAAAGGUAACAGAUGAGCUGGAACCAACUCUUUGACAGCUUUGUUGUUUGGCUGUAUGGAUCUGUGAGGUUUCUUCCUUAACUUUUCAUUUACAGUUUGCAAGUAACCUGACUUGUUACGCUAAUCUGGGUGUUGUAACGUGGUACACAUUCGAGUUACUUCUCUUGCAUUUUGGGUGCACAUCAACAAUUUUUCCAGAACUCUGUUCUCCCUUGGAGUGAGAAAAUAGUCCUCUAAAUACAGUGUAAUAACUGGUAUUUGAAAGUAAAGCCUGGCAGCAGAGGUUAAAAGUUAAUCACUGAACCCUGUGCACUGGGAGACUGGAUACAUAUAUAUAUAUUUUUACCAAUCUCUGACAAGCAUACAAAGUGACAUUGUUAGACAAGUAUAUUUAACUGAAGGUUUAUACAAGAAAUCAUACCUAUUCAAUGUACUUAGAUAUAUUAUAGAUUGUAUAUUGAGACAAUGUCAUUAUUGAUAUAGUAAAGCUUUCCAUAGAACAACAGCAUCCCACUUCAAGCAAGGAUUAAUAUGAAUAAGUUGUAGUCAAACAUCUCUGCCUAUGUGUUUAGGACACUUUUGUUUUGGUUGUAGUGUAACUGUAUAUAUUGAACAUGUGCCAUAAUAGAGAAAUACAUUUUACCUCAAAAGGGCAACAGGUUUCACUGGGGAUUGGGUUUAUCAGCUGAAACACAGGGGCUGUGUGAUCUUUGUGUGCUGGCUGAUGUGUGUGCAGCCUGUAUGCUGAGGCAAGAAUGCAAUUUCUUAUUAGGACUUUGCAGAGUGAGAAGACACAGGGUGCCCACCAAGACAUCUGAAUAGUUAGAGGUAUUGUAAGAGCAUGUCCAGGCAAUGUAGGGAUUAGUUAAGAAUACACUGACCAUAGUGGAGGAGAUAGUUCACAGCAACCCCACUUCCCAGGUGCCAGAGUUUAAAGAAUUUCUUCCAUCACCUCUGUGAUCACUGAAGCUUCAAAGUCACCAGUUGCAGGUCACCUCUCCUCACCCAGGAUGAUUGCACUGUUAGUUGACUGGGAUAAGUUAAGAGAGAGUGGAGAGUGAAAUCUUGGAAGUGUGUCAUCUCAGAGUUUAGUUGCAACUCCUGUGGUGGCAGCUUUGGCUUUUCUCAGGGCUGAGACAACCCUGUCCGUUCCAGCAUCACCCUUGAUUAGCCCAGGCAGCACACAGAUAAAGCUUUCCUACUUUACAGUUCAUUAGCAAUGCUUAAAUAGUGUAUGCCCCAACAUGACAAUGUAUUGGAUGAAUUUGUCUGAACAAGUCAUCGCCUUUCUGCUCUCCUAAUUCUAUUUUCAUGAUAUGUGUUAUGAAAUGUAAAGAGAGCCUAAAUGUCUUUUUAGUCUGUCCUACAAGUUUUCAGUAGUGGAAACUGUUGUAAUAUUACUUCUAUGGUUUGAGAGACUUGGAAGAUUGAGGAAUUCUUAUAUACUAUUUUAUUCAGUCCUGUUUUUCACAUACCUUGUAACAUCAUGCUGGAUAGUGAGAUAUGUCUGUAGGGUUUGCAUAAGUGCCAUAUUUGAAUGUAUGUUAUAUAUGCCCACACUUACAGUUAGUAGAAUAGUAUAUUGCCAUUGAUCUGAUUUUUAAAUCUUUAUCAGAUAAAAGUCUUAAAAUCAGUAGAAGUAUUCUCCUUGUAAGGGCUUCAGGAUUUAAUCAGUAUUCUGUAUGUAUGCAAACUGUGACACAGCGGUGAUGAAAAUCUUCAUGGAUGCUUUUGGAUAUAUGGGCCAAACCUUGGUGUAAACCAGCACAACGCUGGUUUUAGAGUACACCAGCUGUCUGGUCAGAAAAUGCAAAUGCCUCUUAACAUCCCCACAGAGCAUCUUUGUAGGAAAGUGUAUCUACUGAACUGUAUGAUGGUUAACAUUUGUUUUGAAGCUUAUAAAUUUGUUUUGUUUGCAAAUGCUUUAUUUAUGCACUUAGCUGUAAUUUAUGUAAUGUUUUCUGUUUCCUGAUUUCAGCUUCAAGUUAAUGAGUAUUAAUAUACUGUUUCCAGAAAAUGAAAGUAGGAUAUAUUACAAUUUUGUGUAACUAGGAUCUCAUCUUUCACCAAGAACAAAACUACUUUUUCAGUAAGAUCCUCACUGUUAAAGAGUUGGGCUACGGGUCUUCUUGGCUGCAGCUUUUAUUUUGCUGAAGCAAUUUCUGGCAGUAGUAACUGCUAUUGUGACAUUGGAUAAGAAUAUGAAAAUGGGUAAGAAAAAUAAUUAUCCUUCACAUAUUCUCAGUAUUCUAUGAAGACAUUUCUCUCUUACACAUCAGGGUACAUAAAGGGUUUCCACCUUUCCCUUGCUUCUUGUAGAAGAUCUUUAUAGGUAGGUCAAUUUUUAAUAGAUUAAAUUUGGACUGAAAGCUUUUUCCAAUCUUUAUUAUCAUAGGAACUGAUGUCUAAUUUUUAUAGCAGACUUGAAGUGCUAAAAAUAGAAUUCAGAUGCUUGGGAGGAAUUCCUCUUAAUUUCUUACCUUUAUUGUGUAUUGGAUAGAAUAAACCUUGUUGUAAUUAUGCAUGCUGAUAUGCAUAUGAAAAAAAUAUCCUGCAAUAUGAGGAACUUAGUGGAAAAACUGGAUACACCUGUACAAACAAUUAAGUGCAAAAAAAGGGGCAGAAAAAAAGUGUAAAAAUUGAUAUUUUCAGGCCUUUGGCAAGCUCUAAAAAUGUCCCCUUACAUGAUAUCUCUCCCAUUAAAAUAAUGUUUAAAAAUAUAUGGAAAAGUUAUGGGAACUUUCGUGCCCAAAGCCUUCCUCCUGUAAUCAGAGUCAAUGGUCUCUUGGCUUUAUAAAGACAGGUAAUCAGUCCCACUAAGCUCCAACAAAUCCACAGGCUCCCGAGUUAUUAGUUGUAAAAUAGCUUUAAGAUGUCUUUACAGAAAUGUAAAUUUACUGUAUAGCAUAUUUAAGAAGAUGUUUUGCACUCUACAAACAUGCUAUGCCUAGUCACAAAAGAUAUUUGUAUAGACAUACAUAAACUAAACAUGGAAUUAAAGAAAAUAGGAGUAGAAGGGACCUCAAGAAGUCAUCAGUAUGUGGAGGAGCAGAUUCACUUUAAAGUCUCUCAAAGAAUUGUUGUAGCUCAGUACCUUGCAUGGAAUGCUCUUUGUAUUAUUUAAUCACAGUCACAGCAAUGCCUGAGCACAUUACCUGACAAAUUUAUAACCUGACAGUAUUUUGUUCAUGCCUUUUCUUAUUUAUCUGUCUGUUUGGAAAUUAAAAAGUUUGCCAAGCAUCAUAAGAACUAUGAUUUAGAAUUAACUGAGAAACACUUUGCAAUAAUCUUUGGUCAUGUCCCUGUUAUUCUAUUGUAACUGUUAUUAUCAGUGUAUGUAUUUGUCAAGAUUUUUAAAAAAGUCAUGUUUGAAAGAGUAUGGAAGAGAGAAAAAAAAUCAAAAUCAGGCUUUAAAAUUUUGUUUAGAAUUUUAAAAUAGGAUUUGAGAGGGUGUUGCUGAGUUUGGUUUUGAUAAUUUUUAUUUACCUAUGGGGAAUGUCCUGCUGAGCUAUUGACAGCUUUGGGUACCGGAACAAAUUUGGAAGAUGAAUAUCAAUGUGAAAGGCAAAAGCAAAGGUCUCAAAGGAUUGUACUGAAAAAAUCACGUGCUAGCUGUAUCGUGUCCUUCUAAGGAAAGGCAUUUUGCAAGUAUCUUACAGUCAUGUAUCUGUGGGGCUGAGAAUAGUGCUUUUGGCUGUAAAGUUCAAAGCACACUAUAAAGUCAAGAAAAUAUUAGUGAACCCAUUUCUCAGGUAGCAAAACAGCAACACAGCCAGCUAGAGACAUUAAAAUCUCAAUGGAAGACAUUCACAUUGUGUUUAUAUAUGGCAAAAAUGACACUUUGAUCACUCAAUCUGGUUUGAACUGCAGGAGAGAAAAUAAUGUGUCCUUGUUUUGUGAGAGAAGAGUGUCUGGUUGUUGAUUCAGUUAUGCCUAGUUUCUUUAGAAACCUACUUAAACAUCCUACCAUGAGACCUUUACAAACCAGGGGUGAUCUGCUUUCUUGUGGCAUUAAAUCUGAAUGUACAUUUUAUCAUUUCUGCUGAGGAAAUGGUAAAAAGGGAGGAUGUACCCCAAAUGAAAUGCCUUUCUUCCCUGUAUAAUUGAUGGGAAAAAAAGUAGUUUACUCUGAAGACUCCCAAAAGGGAAUCUUGGAUGCCCAGUGAAGAAUUAUGAACUUGAUCAGGGAGGAUUUCCUUUUGAGGGCCUUGAAAGAUACUUAUUUCCCAUUAACUACACAAGGAGCACUGGCCUUUUAUUUAGAGGUGUGCUUAAGUGACCGCAAAUGAAAGUGCAAGUGGGGGAGAUAGGACCCCCAUCCUGUAUUGCCUUGUAACGUUGAAUGAUUCUGUGUCAAGGGUCUGUGUUUAGCACAUUGACUUGGACGUACUCUUCAUACUGCAUUUCAGCUUUCAGCUGUGUGGGAAUAUUUUCCUAUCAGCUUUUGGGAUCUUAAUUUGUUCCCUUCAUAUGGGUCUGUUGCCACAAAAAUGGCAUUGACCCCUGUUGAAUUCCACAAUUUGCAAAGUAAUCUUUUGGUUAAAAAAUAACAACUUGUGGUAUGCUGGGCAGUGGUGAAGUUGAAAUAUAGAUCACAAGCUCCCACUGCUUUGUCAUGCAUUCUCCAGUGUCUUGUGUGUGUAAACUUCUUUAAUUGCUAACAGGCCUGACAGAUUCUCAUGAUAUGAGUUUAAGAGAGAAGAAGGAAGACUUUCUGCAGUGAGUUCAAAAUCUGAGUUGAUGGUAUUGCUGUGGAAUAAAAAUGGAGGGGAAGCACUGCACACAGGCAUAACAGAGAGACCUCCAAGGGAAGAUGCUGAUGCUUUCUUAGGGCAUGAAAUUUUGUUAAAACAUGGCCAGAGUAUUUUGUCUAUGGGGACCAUGGUCAGUCAGCUCUGUUGUUUCUGAACCAGUUACUUACAGCAAGUCCUCUUUAGUAAAGGUGUGAUGAAGCUUUCUUUUGCUGUUAGUGGAGAACUCACUUUGAGAGAAUUGGCAUAUCUGUCAAUCUGUGGCAGACAAAUGGUGGGGGUUAAUUAGGAUUUGCAUUUGAUAUGGAAAUGCUGCUGUGACUCCUUAAAGAGGCCGUUGCAUCAUCCGCAACACACAGCAGUGCUUAAAGGCAGGCAUCUCAAAUCAGGUCCCUGGGUUAAUAAAAAUUUAAGGGGAGAAAAAAGCAAGGAAAAAGACAAUAGAAGAUGAUAAAACACAAUAAUUAAAAUAAAAGCCAGAAGUAAGCCUGCAGUGGAAAGCCAUAUGAAUGGCAAAAAUGAUGUGAGUGAACUUAAAUGAACACUUCCAAGAAGUAAAUCAGUAGUCUGUCUCAUGUCCCCCAUCUACAUUAUGAACAGAGUUCCCAUUUUUUACAUGGUCGACCUUGUAUGGCCAUGAUGGAGUUUCCUAAAUCUUUCCUUGAGUUACCAUGUGAAGCUGUAGGUGCAGUAGCUAAGCUUGUGAACAUGGUUUAAUGGAUCAGUGCAUGCCACAAGACCCUCACCUGGAGAUGGGCUCUGGGCUGGCUCAGACCUGGUACCCAAAGGAAUAUGUGAGAUUUUCUGUCCUGCCUGGCUGAAGAAGCCAUGCAGGGAGAGAAGGAAAGGAGCCACAUGCUCCUAAGGAGAAGAGGGAGGCUUAUGGAGAAAACCACAGCGGGGAGAUGGAGUGACUGAUCAAUCAUUUUAAUGUAAUGGUGAGGGAGGCUUUCACUUGCUCUGUGAUAUAAAAGAGGACUUACAAACCCCACCACAAAAAUGCCAUCAGAAAGGAAAGAGAACAUCUUUCUCUCUAAUGCAAACUUGAUUUUGAUAUAUUUAAACCCGAUGUAUAUGCCAGGUCUGAACUGCCUUUGCUGCUGCUGUUUCCACAGUGGCUCUUGGGAUGUGGGUAUCCUGUAGCAUGUAGGAGCUGGAACACUUAUGUUCACCAACCUGUCCAUAGGAAGAGAAGGGAGAGAUGUAUUCUGCACAUCCCUGUUGCAGAGAUAAUUUUGUGGGAGAAUUCAGUGCUUGCGCAGCCUGUUUUGCCCUGACAUCAGUGUCGGUGCCUACUCUGUGUGGAAGGCUGUAAGUGGUGGGGGAAUCUCCCCUGUGCACCACCAUGUCUUGUGCUAAUUAUGCAGCCUUCGAGCUGUAACUGAUGAUCUGUGUCCUGUGUCUUUAAACAGUUCUGCUGGUGAUGUUAAUUGUAGCCAUUAGUUACUCAGAGUGGAGACAAUUUAAAGGAAACUGACAACUUUAAGCAUUACAUUUAGUGUUUAAAAAUAUUAAAUUGGUGAUUGUUACAAGUAAUGCCUAAUAUUAUGAUAACUUAAAGAGUUUCAGGGUUUGGUUACGUUGUAUCCUUGAUGGGACUUAGUGUAUAAUCUUUUUCCCUUAAAUACAGAGAAUAUAAAUGUUCUCUGAGGUUCAUGUGCAUCUUUCACGCAUCAGUGGCAGAAGGAAUUAAAUAGUACAAAAUGGAAUUUUAAAACUAUGAAUAUAUUCAGAGGGGCACAUAUAGAAUACCUGACACUUAAAAAAUUUUGUUUUGCAGUUAAUUAGUGUUCAACUUGACAAUAAUGUCUCUUUCAAACCAUUUUGUUCUCUAGCUUUUUUAGCUUAUGUUGUGUGAAAUGUGUGCUACAAAACUUUUGAGGUCUUCAUCCUUUCUUCUCCUACACCUUUGCAUUCAACAACAUCCUGUCUUCUGUAUGUACUUUAUUCUAUGAAUAACUGGAGAAAACUAAAAAAACCCAACACCGUGGUAAUCUGAAGACUAGAGCUUGAGGACCACUACUUUAAAUAUUUCCCUUAUACAAAUCUCUGGUAACAGGGUGAAAUGGAUAAUGAGAGCAACAGCUGAUGUCACUAUAGAGGAAUUCAAAAAAGCCUCUGGCUAGGAGUCCACACAGGUUUAGAUAGAUAGUCAUCUGAGACAGCUCUUGUGAUUUAAGAUGUUGCCUUCCCCUGACUGUUAAUUAUCACUCUUUAGGUAGGGACUACUGCCCCAAUAUUUAUUUAAGCAACAGAUUACGGAAGUACUCCUGUCCCAAUAAAAGUUGUGCAUAACUCAUGCUAACUCUGUUGAUCCUGCACUCAUGCAAAUGUAAAAGCACUCACACAAUCUAUUGAUACAACUCUGUUAUGAGAAUAAUGAUUAACAGCUAUUCGUGGUGACAUCUAAAAUUGCUAGAUUGGUUAUCUGUGCCUUAAGGCUCUUGUGAUCCAUAGUACUUGCGUAGCAGUAACCACUGAAUAGAAUUUUUUUGCAUGCAACAAUCUACUUCGGAGCCUUGCGGAAAAUACUAUAGCACCAUAUCGAAAAUUCAAAAAUUAAAUUACAGGAGUAAUUUGCAAACAGUGCUUGUAUCCUCAGGAGAAAAUUUGUUUGUUUGUUUCUCAGUUUAGUACUGUUAGGACUCAGGGGGUCUGAGAUUUGUAAAGCCAGGACAAGUCUAUCAGUCAUCUUCUCUCUAUGUAUAAUUUCAAUAAUUAUUCUCUUUUCACAACUUGGUGUCAGUUUGAAUUUUAUUCUUGGACCUAGUAAGAUGGUCUAUUGUGUUCCAAGCUAAAAUCUGAGGAUUAAGCAACUUUGUGAAACAUGUCACUCUUUAUAUUGUAUAUUUAAAUAUCAUCAGUUCUCUGUGAUCAAUGGGCUGCUUUGGAGAGUACUACUACUUUAAAUCAUUGUUGGCUACUGAGGAAGAAUGACAUUCUGUUAAAUAAAAUAUGACCAAAUGAAAAUUAAAAUACAUAUAUAUUUUUGUGUUUGUA